GAGGAAGCCCAAGGAGGGGACGUUGCAGAAGAGGCAUUUCAACCCGAAGCAGAUCCAGAACGACAAGCUGCGGGAGCGGUGGGACAAGACAAAGACCUUCACACAGAACUUGGCGAUGACGGACGUCAAGGAGAUGUACUCGUCCUGCUUCCCGGACGAGAAAGACAUCCCGACGAAGCCAAAGCACCUCCCCAAGGUGAACGAGGAGGAGGCGCCGAUCUGCGCGAGGUUGUUCAAAAAGCACGGUAGUGAUUACGACGCCAUGCACUGGGACAUCAAGAUUAACGAGUUUCAGUGGACCAAGGCUAUCUGCAAAAAGAAGGUGCAGGCUUGGAGGUCGGGCCGGCAGCGGUCGAUGGCCGCGGAGAUCUUGUCCGGCCACGGCAUGGACCUCAGGAAACCGCUGUUCGGGGAGGCGAAGAAGCGGAACGUGUUCGGGCACUAGCCGGCGCAGGGCCUCGGCCCCGGCGCCGCCCCGGGCGCCGCGGCCGCUAGCCGGCCGCAAGCCGGGCAGCCGCGGGCCGCCCGCGUAAGACGGCGCCGCUGCUGCCGCGACGCCCCGAAGGGGCCGCGACACAGAUUCCAUGUCUUGUUUCUCCUCACCAUCACC